UUCGGCGCACGCUAAUCAAUGAACCCACAGGUGAUGAUUAACGUUUGGACACGCCCACCCAUCGGGAAGUCCAUUCGUGGUGAAUGUUUUCUUUCGUUUUUAUUUCUGGAGUUUAUGUAUUUUAAACUCCGUAGGCUGGUAUUUCACGUUUCUUUUUUUUUGUUUUUUGUUUUUUUGCGUAAGUUUUAUUUACUUGACCGGUGCCUGUAAGAAGAGAACGUGAAAUGUGAUUUAUUCGGUGCAAGCAAGGCAGGAAAGAAACUGAAGGAAUCCGGAUAUGAUGAAAAGUUCUCGACGCUCCUCUCUCACUCUCCAAAAAUAAAAGCGUUUGGGACGUCAGGCACAUCUGCGCGAAGUCAAACUUUUGGACAAGCGCAAGGCGCACGCACGACUCGACUCGAAAAGUUGACGGUUGUGAGCCGUCGUUGUUUUGAAGGAGGGGGGGCAUGGCAGCGAGUCUCGCGUGGAGCGAAGAAAGUGACAUGUUGUGAAAGCUCAACGAGGUGACUUUUCACCCCCCACGCCACAGAAGAACUUGACGGGUCUCAUGUCCACUGAGAGCGGCCACCCGACGCGUGGGCCAGCCGGGACCCCCCAGCUGGAGACUACAUCCCCUUUGCCGCCCCUCACUCAUGAUGCCUGUGACUCCGAAGCAUCGUUCAGUCACGUGACCCGGGAGGACCACUGUGGGCCAAUAAGAACGCAACCUCAGAUUGAAAAAGGACAAAAUGGCGCUGGGACAACGUGCAAAUGCUCACGCGCCAACGGCACCGGCACGGGAGGGACGACCUCAGGCGUGAGGUCGACGGUGGCUUCGGCUACGCCGACCACCAAGGAGGCCUUCGCGCCGGUUUCGCAGAGGAUGCAGCGCAAGUUGAAGUCCAGCCUGUCGGUCAACAGCAAAGAAAGCUCCAGCGGCUCAGCAAAAGCGCCUUUGCCCGAAGACUGCUGCGUCCACUGCAUCCUCGCGUGCCUCUUCUGCGAGUUCCUGACGCUGUGCAACCUGGUGGCGGCGCCGGUGUCGUGCGCGUCCGAGGCGCGCUGCUGCUGCUGCUGCUGCGGCGGCGGCGCGGAGGACGUGGGCGACGACUGCGACUGCACCUGCGACACGGACUGCGGCGUCAUGGACGCCUGCUGCGAGUCGUCGGACUGCCUGGAAAUCUGCAUGGAGUGCUGCGGCAUCUGCUUCCCCUCGUAGGAUGUGUACUUUUUGAGUGACCUUUUGACCUCGGAUGUUUCGUCUGUUACUGUCCAAGUACUACAAGACUGUCAAAUGUGACCUCUAAACCCCGCGGCUAUUUUACGCUGACAACUCUACAUCUUACCAAUUUUGUAUUCAUGCAUUUUUUUUUUCCUAUCCAAGACGUCGCUCAUUUUAUUGCUGUUGUACAUUAUUUUGGAAUGUCACAUUUAAAAUAAAUACCAGAAUGACGCCAUCCUGUUUGUGCUUGCUUGUAACGUUCACAGUUUGCAUUAAAUAAAACCAAAAAAAA